GUACAUACCAGAUCAAUCACCUCGAUCGCUCCGUCCGCCUGCGUAAUAACAACAGCUAGCUACUUGCGAUCGCUUCCAUCGCCGGUGAUACAUCGAUCAACAACUAGACCGACCGGCCGAGCGAUCGAACCAGUAGCAGGAAGGGAUGGGCGGCGGCGCUGGGUGGGGCGUGAUGGAGGGGAUGAAGCCGGUGGCGGGGAUGGUGGUGGUGCAGUUCGCCUUCGCCGGCGUCAACAUCUUCUACAAGCUGGCCGUGUGCGACGGCAUGGACAUGAGGAUCCUCGUCGCCUACCGCUACCUCUUCGCCUCCGCCGUCCUCGCACCACUCGCAUACUUCGUCGAGAGGAAGAAGCGCACGAAGCUGACGUGGCGAGUCAUCCUGCUCUCCUUCGUAUGUGGCCUCUGCGGGGGCUCGCUGGCGCAGAACCUCUACAUCUCCGGCAUGAAGCUCACCUCCGCCACCUUCGCCUCCGCCAUGACCAACCUCAUCCCAGCCAUCACAUUCGUCCUCGCCGUGCUCUUCCGCUACGAGGGCCUCGCCAUCCGCACCGUGCCCGGCCAGGCCAAGCUCGCCGGCACGCUCCUCGGCGUCGGCGGCGCCAUGCUCCUCACCUUCUACAAGGGCGCGCAGGUCACCCUCUGGCCCCCCACCCACGUCAACCUCGCCGCGCAGCUCGCCGCCCGCCACCACUCCUCCUCCCAGCCUCGCCUCGCCGCCUCGGAAGAGCCCAACCGCGCCAUGGGCUCCCUGCUAUGCACGGGGGGCUGCUUCUUCUACGCGCUCUGGCUCAUCCUCCAGGCCAGGCUCUGCCGGGAGUACCCCUUCCACUACUCCACCACGGCGCUCAUGUGCCUCAUGAGCGCGCUCCAGUCCGCGCUCUUCGCGCUAUGCUUCGACCGAGACCCCGCCCAGUGGCGCCUCGCCUUCGACGUCCGCCUCCUCGCCGCCGUCUACACCGGCGUGCUUGCUUCGGGGGUCAUGCUCGUCGUGCUCGCCUGGUGCGUCAAGCGCCGGGGGCCGCUCUUCGCCUCCGUCUUCAACCCCAUGAUGCUUGUCGUCGUCGCCGUCCUCAGCUCCCUGCUGCUCGGGGAGGACCUGCACCUCGGCAGCGUGCUCGGAGCCGUGCUCAUCGUCAUGGGCCUCUACGCCGUGCUCUGGGGGAAAGGCCGCGAGGCGGCCGCCUCCGCGGACCACGGCAAGGUAACUGCCGCCGGUGAGGUCCCGCACAUCGACGUCAUCGUGCACCGUCAUCUUCCUCCUCCACCACCACACCCUCUCCGCAGCAGCAACAUCAGCAGUCUCCUCCAGCACCAGCCGUGGCGCGGUGAACGCCUUGGACAAGACGGGCCAGCGAUCGACCGGCGAGAUGAACUGGUCCCCGGUCGCCUUGGACAAGAUGGUGAUGGUUUGUUUGUGAUCAGGAUGCAAACUGUACCCAUGGAACUAGUAAUGGACGGGUAGUUACAGCUUGAUUGAAAUCUCUAGUGUAGGUACGAGGCUUGGCUUCUCUGGUUUUGUUGGUGUUUAACUAACUUUAGAGGAUCAGAGAACCAAAGCUGCAAAUUAAGAUAUGGGAGAGCAGAGCUGUAGUGAGGAACUGAGGCAAAAUUGUAGUGCAUUGAAGAGAUGAAUAAAAUUCAGGCACAUUUUUUGUUUGUUUUA